AUGAAUGGGUUACGUGAAAGAUGCGCGUGCACCGAGCACGGUGCGAAUUAUUACAAGGUGCUGUCGUUGGCGAGAAAUUGCAACGACACGGAGAUCAAAGACGCGUACCGACGAUGCGCCACGCGAUACAACCCCGCGCAGCAAAAGAACGAAGGUGCCGAGGCGAUUUUCGCCUUAGCAGCUGAAGCGUACGAUGUGCUCUCGGAUCCUCUUAGAAGGGCCGUGUAUGAUCAAUACGGUGAAGAGGGUCUUAAAAAUGGUAUGCCGGGACCAGAAGUAUUUGCGCAGCCUUACGUCUAUCACGGCGAGCCGAUGCGGACCUUCAGGGAGUUCUUCGUGAAUGAAAAUCCAUACGAAGAUCUCCUGAGUAUCCUGACGGAGCCUCAACCCUUGUUGGAAUUUCCCGAAGGUCGUGGGAUAAAACGGAAAGAACAACCUUGGAUCAAAACCUUGCCCCUCACUCUUGCGGAGGUCUUUUUCGGCGGAAUAAAAAAGAUGAAGAUCCAGAAGUUGGUCUUAGUCGGCGACGAUAUGUCGAUGACGCUGCCGACGGAGAGAAUCUUGACGAUACCCAUUAAGCCGGGAAUCCCAGCGGGCACCAGAAUAGUAUUUCCAGAAGAGGGUGAUCAGGGAGCCACGAAGAUACCCGCGGAUGUUAUCUUCGUCACGGAGGAUCGGCCUCACGAAACGUUUCGGCGAGAGGGCUCGGACUUGCACACGACGGUCGAUAUCUUUCUAAGGGAGGCGCUGACUGGAACGGUGAUCACGCUUAAUACCAUCGACGACAGAACUCUUCGGAUCCAGAUAACAUCGAUCGUUACGCCGGAUUACACGAAGCGCUUGCGAGGCGAGGGGAUGCCAGUUCUCGUGGAUCCGCGACAGAGGGGCGAUCUGAUUCUGCGAUUCAGCAUCGAGUUCCCGGUUUACCUGCCGUUGACCAACAAGAACCACAUUAGGAAAGCCUUCGAGGUGUCUCGCACGGUAGCCGUCGGGGAUGCCGGAUACACUCAAGUGCGCAGAAACAUCGACGGCGACGUGCCGCUCCGACGUGCGGACGACGAGGCGAAUCAAUUGAAAUUCAUAUGCGAGACGUAAU